UUUUUUUUUUCUUCUCUAAAGAGAACCGCGAGAGAGAGAGAGAGAGAGAGUAGGGAGAGUGGUUGGAGAAGGGGACGGAGCGCUUGUGUGGGAGGAAGAAGAAACGUUUGUGAGGGAGGACGAAGCGCUUUGUUCUUCAUUUUCCGUCUCCGAUCACGCUGUAGUCAUGGUGAGGAAAAGAAGAACUGGACCUCCUGGCUCUGCAGAGAGCUCUCAGUCUACAGAGGGCAGUAGUAGCGGCGAACAACGUGCUCCUCAGCAGCGAUCUGAGCGGGCCCCAAUGCCACAGCAACAGGGUGGCGGACGGGCCUGGGCCCCAGCUCAUCCCCAACAAGGAGGCCGGGGGGGUGGACAAUACCAUGGCCGUGGGGGCGGUCAAUACCAGGGUCGUGGUGGUGGGCAGUACCAGGCACGUGGGCAACAGGCAGGUGGCCCACCUUCCGAGUACCAGGGGCGUGGUGGUCCCCACCCACGGGGCGGAAUGCCACCUCAGCAAUAUUACGGUGGUCGCAGGGGUGGUGGCAGUGGCAUGACAGGUGGGCGCGGUGGUGUUCCCGUCGCCGCAGGUCCGUCAAGAACGGAUCCCGAGCUGCACCAAGCAACCCAGGUUCAAUAUCAAGCCGCUCAGGCUGCAUCAUCCCUUUCUGAAGCUGGUUUGUCCUCUCAGCCUGCGGAGGUGAGCCCAGAGCAAAUUGAACAUCCGUUUCAGCAACUCACGAUCCAGGGUACUGGUUCUACUAGCCAGGCAAUACAACCAGUUUCAAGCAAGUCAGUGAGAUUUCCACUACGCCCUGGAAAAGGCAGUGUCGGAGACAGGUGCAUUGUGAAGGCGAAUCAUUUCUUUGCUGAGCUGCCCGAUAAGGACCUUCAUCAGUAUGAUGUGACUAUUACACCGGAAGUAAGCUCCCGUGGUGUGAAUCGUGCUGUCAUGGCGGAGCUAGUGUCUCUGUACAGGGAAUCCCAUCUAGGUGGGCGCCUUCCAGCUUAUGACGGCAGGAAGAGUCUUUAUACUGCUGGUCCUUUGCCUUUCUCUUCCAAAAUCUUUGAAAUCACGCUACAUGACGAGGAAGAAAGUCUAGGCGCCCCAAGGCGAGAAAAUCCGUUUAAAGUAUUGAUCAAAUUUGCUGCUCGUGCUGAUCUUCACCAUUUAGCAAUGUUUCUGGCUGGAAAGCAGGCAGAUGCCCCUCAAGAAGCGCUGCAAGUUCUUGAUAUUGUUCUACGUGAACUACCUACUGCAAGAUAUUCACCAGUUGGCAGAUCAUUUUAUUCACCUAACUUAGGGAGGCGCCAGCAACUUGGUGAGGGGUUGGAGAGUUGGCGUGGCUUUUAUCAGAGUAUUAGGCCCACUCAGAUGGGAUUGUCCCUUAAUAUUGAUAUGUCUUCGACUGCCUUCAUUGAACCAUUGCCAGUAAUCGACUUUGUGGUGCAACUUCUGAACAGAGACAUUUCUGCUAGACCAUUAUCUGACGCCGAUCGUGUGAAGAUCAAGAAAGCUCUAAGAGGUGUGAAGGUUGAGGUUACGCAUCGAGGCAACAUGCGCAGGAAAUAUCGUAUAUCCGGCCUCACAUCACAGGCAACUAGAGAGUUGACGUUCCCUGUGGAUGACCGUGGUACGAUGAAGUCUGUUGUCCAAUACUUUCAGGAGACCUAUGGUUUUAACAUUCAACAUACCACUUUGCCUUGCUUGCAAGUUGGCAAUCAACAGAGACCUAACUAUCUUCCCAUGGAGGUCUGCAAGAUAGUUGAGGGUCAGAGGUACUCGAAGAGGUUAAAUGAGAAACAAAUUACUGCUCUUCUUAGGGUGACUUGCCAACGCCCUCAAGAGAGGGAGCUUGACAUUUUGCAGACUGUGCAUCACAAUGCGUACUAUGAAGAUCCUUAUGCACAGGAGUUUGGUAUAAAAAUUGAUGAGAGGCUUGCUUCAGUUGAGGCUCGAGUUCUACCUGCACCUUGGCUUAAAUACCACGAUACUGGAAAAGAGAAGGAUUGCUUGCCCAGGGUUGGCCAGUGGAAUAUGAUGAACAAGAAAAUGGUGAAUGGUGGGAGGGUGAGUAACUGGACGUGCAUCAACUUUUCAAGAAGUGUCCAAGAUAAUGCUGCUAGGGGAUUCUGUCAUGAGCUGGCUGUGAUGUGCCAAGUAUCUGGAAUGGACUUUGCUCUAGAGCCUGUCCUUCCUCCUUUGACUGCUCGACCUGAGCAAGUGGACAGAGCUCUAAAAGCGCGGUACCAGGAUUGCAUGAACAUACUUAAACCACAGGGUAGAGAACUUGACUUGUUGAUUGUAAUACUGCCUGACAACAAUGGUUCUUUAUAUGGAGAUCUGAAAAGGAUUUGUGAGACAGAUCUUGGAUUAGUCUCACAGUGCUGUUUGACUAAGCAUGUUUUUAAGAUGAGCAAGCAGUAUCUUGCAAAUGUCGCUCUCAAGAUCAAUGUUAAGGUCGGCGGAAGAAAUACAGUUCUCAUGGAUGCGCUCACACGAAGGAUACCCUUGGUCAGCGAUAGACCAACUAUCAUAUUUGGUGCUGACGUGACUCAUCCUCAUCCUGGGGAGGAUAGUAGCCCUUCCAUUGCAGCGGUUGUUGCAUCUCAAGACUGGCCUGAGGUGACAAAGUAUGCUGGCUUAGUAAGCGCACAAGCUCACCGCCAAGAACUUAUUCAGGAUUUGUUCAAAGUAUGGCAGGAUCCUCAACGAGGAACUAUCACUGGUGGGAUGAUAAAGGAGCUUCUCAUCUCUUUUAAACGUGCCACCGGACAAAAACCUCAGCGUAUCAUAUUUUACAGGUAUCAUUCAUCUUGUAUUCGUAAAUUGGAUUUUGGACAAUUAUGUUUAUGGUAUUGGUCUUUCAGGGAUGGUGUCAGUGAGGGGCAGUUUUAUCAAGUAUUGUUGUAUGAACUGGAUGCCAUUAGGAAGGCAUGUGCAUCGCUGGAGCCUAAUUAUCAGCCACCGGUAACUUUUGUGGUGGUUCAAAAGCGUCAUCACACACGGCUGUUUGCUAAUAACCAUCAUGAUCAGCGAACUGUUGAUAGAAGUGGAAAUAUAUUGCCUGGUACUGUGGUUGAUUCGAAGAUUUGCCAUCCGACAGAGUUCGAUUUCUAUCUAUGCAGUCACGCUGGCAUACAAGGCACCAGCCGUCCUGCGCACUAUCAUGUCUUGUGGGACGAGAACAAGUUCACUGCUGAUGCACUGCAGUCUCUUACAAACAAUCUAUGCUACACCUAUGCUAGGUGUACCCGUUCUGUCUCAAUCGUUCCUCCUGCAUAUUAUGCUCAUCUGGCCGCAUUCCGUGCUCGGUUCUACAUGGAGGCGGAUACUUCGGAUAGUGGAUCAAUGGCCAGCGGCGCUGCUGCUGGGCGGGGUGCUCCUUCCGGAGGCGCACGCAGUACCAGAACCCAAGGAAAUGUUGCUGUUAGGCCCCUGCCUGCUCUGAAGGAGAAUGUGAAAAGGGUCAUGUUUUAUUGCUAAAUUAUAUAUGAGCUCCUUGAAAGAACUGUGUGGGCAAGACUUCUUUUGUGUUGUCGCUUGUGGUGUUUGACUGGGUUCGAGUCUCUGUGCUUGCCUUUUGUUUGCUGCUGUGACAAUUAUUGUGUUUCGUUCCAUGAUGUUUAAUUUUCUUUAUGUCAUGUUGUGUAAACCUCAACUCUUGAACUUAAUAACUUAAGGUCUCUGGUUUUCUGUGAA